AUGGACGACGGCGCGACGAUGACCCAGCAUCUGGACAAGUUCGAUGAUCUCAUUGUUGGUCUCCAGUCUCUGGGUGAGCCGGUUGACGAAGCGCGACAGCUCAUGGUUUUUCUCAGCAGUCUGCCUGCAGAGUACGAGGUCAUCGCGUCGAUCGUGGAGAACGCCAAGGACAUCACGCUAAUUGAGGUGAAGGAGAAGCUGCUCAAGGAGUAUGAGCGACAGGACAAGAAGGGAGCCACGGAAUGCUCUCUUAAGGAUACAACGCAUGGGGUCAAGUCGAAGAUCGUAAGGGUCGACAAGUGCGAAAGGAACAACGGUCGCAAGGAAAACGUCUCGAGAAAGCAAAGUGGGUUCAAAGGCAUUUGCUUCAACUGUGACAAGUUUGGUCACAUGAAGCGGGACUGCCCGGACAUGAAGGGGCCUGGCAAGGAUGACGAGGACGCUGUUUUCGCUGCCGGGGAGAGUCGAUCAUCAGGGUUGGCUAAUCGAUAG